GCUCAUCAUCCCCUGAUGUCAUCAAGCAGAGAGAGAGAGAGAGAGAGAGAGAGAGAGAGAGAGCGAGCUGCAGUCAGAGUGGUCAACUGUUUCCCCUCUUCAGGUUUUCCGGUCAUCUCUCCGAGUACCAGCAGCAUGACGGAGCCUCGGAGCCGCCUGAGCAGUCCAGAUGUGGAGGUGAAGAGUCUGCAGCUGGACGAUCACCCAGAGUCAGAGUCUGCGGACAGCGGCAUCGGGGACGGGGACGAGCUGCCGGUUCCUCAGCAGAUCCUGAUCAGCAACGUCACAUGCGACUCCUUCAAGAUCAGCUGGAAUAUGGAGAGCAGAGGCCAGGAUCGGAUCACUCAUUACUUUGUUGACCUGAACAAGAAGGAAGACAAGAGCUCCAACAAGUUCAAGCACAUGGACGUACCGACCAAGCUGGUGGCCAAAGCGGUUCCUCUGCCGAUGAUGGUCAGAGGUCACUGGUUCCUGAGCCCUCGGACGGAAUACACCGUGGCCGUUCAGACGGCCACCAAGCAGCCUGACGGAGAAUAUGCUGUUUCUGCUUGGAGCGAGAUCGUCGAGUUCUGCACGGCRGACUACUCCACCGUCCAGCUGAAGCARCUCCUGCUAAAAGCAGAGGCUAUCGCUGGCAGGACGUUACCGUUCACCGUCUUCUACAGAAACCAGCAGAGGGAGUACUUCCAGUCAAACAGCCAAUAUUACCGUUCCAGAGAUGCUCAGUGCUGUCGCAUGCUGCCGUCAGUAAAGGACAACAGCGGCAGCCACGGGUCACCCAUCAGCGGUAAGCUGGAGGGAAUCUUCUUCAGCUGCAACACAGAGUUCAACACUGGACGACCUCCGCAGGAUUCUCCGUACGGGCCGUACCGCUUCCAGAUCCAAGCAGACCUCCUCUUCAACCAGAACACCAAUGUCUACUUUGGGGAUUUUUACUGCAUGUACACCUCGUAUCACUAUGUCAUCGUGGUCCUGGCCCCAAGUGGCUCCAAMGGGGACAUUUUCUGUAGAGGCAAGCUGCCAGYMUUGGAUAGGUCAAACAACUGCUUCCUKAGCUGCAGUGAGGAAGAGGACGGCUCGUUGUCCUUCCGUCACGCCCAGGACGUCAUCCUGGAGGUGAUCUACACAGAGCCGGUGGAUCUGUCUCUGGGGACGGUGUCACAGAUCAGCGGACACCARCUGAUGAGCCUGUCCACCCUCAACGCCAAGAAAGACCCCAGCUGCAAGGUCUGCAACAUCAGCGUGGGACGUUAGCGGCUUCUUCAGGCAGGAUGACCAGCUGACCCGCAUGGUAACAAGCACAGGAGAUACUAACUGAYUUUAACUCUACUGGUUACGUGCCCAGCUGAAGGAGUCCUCCCAGAAACCAGCAGGCUCGUGGAUCAGUUAGGCAUCAGCAAGACAGAGCCCUCAUGUGGUCGUUUGGAUGAAGACUGUUUAGGAUGGAUGGAAACAGCUGUUGGUUUCCUCUGUCAGUCUGUUGUUUUUAUAACCUCUUCUGUCUGUUUUUAUUCCCAUGGCAAUCGAUGUCGGUUAGCGAAAUAUGCAUCUAAACCCCGGAARCUUAGAGAUUAUCAUUGCCUUAUCUUUCGUUUCAGUUGAGCUCCUCUGCGAUAAAGUCUUUGGUUCGGGGGAGGUUGCAAAAUCGAAAUAACAGCAAUAAACAAACUAAUUCAAAUGGCAACACAA